CAAACUUCAUUUUUUCAUUACUUUAACUACAAGAGUAUAAUUCAAUACGUAUAUAUAUAUAUAUUUCAUAUUUGUGUGUGUACGUAUAUAUAUAGAUAUAUAAUUAGACAAACUUAUUAGUGUCAUAUAUAUUGAGUUUCUUUUGUGUCUUAUGGACAAAGUACAACAAUACGAACGUGUAUUUAGACAUUUGGACUCGAACGGUGAUGGGAAGAUAUCGGCACCAGAGCUCCAAAUAUGCGUCGAGAAGAUAGGCGGCGAGUUGUCGUUGGAGGAGGCGGAAAUCGUGGCAGAGUUAAUAGACUCGGAUGGCGACGGAAUGUUGAGCUUAGAGGACUUGGUUAAAGUUGUGGAAAGUGCAAAUGAUGAAGAGAAAAUGAAUGACUUGAAAAUGGCUUUUAAAAUGUAUGAAGAUGAUCAAACGGAUGGUUAUUGUGGUUGUAUAACACCUAAAAGUUUGAAGAGAAUGCUUAGUAAGUUAGGAGAUUCGAGAACGGUUGAUGAGUGUGAGCUGAUGAUUGCGACGUUUGAUCUCGAUGGCAAUGGUGUACUUGAUUUUUAUGAGUUUCAGUAUAUGAUGUCUUGAUGAUCCAUAUGGUAGCUAAGGUUGGGUGAUAUGAUAUGAUGGAAAUUGCGAGAUAUAUAUGCGUGUAUUUUUGUUUUUCAUUGUUGAUAUGAUGAUAUCUAUAUUGAUUCAUAAAAAAAACGGUAGAUUGAUAGGAACCGUCUGAUCCCAUGUACCGAAUUGGUACCCACAUAACCCCCAGCAGGGAUAGUGUCAAGGUAAUUCAACCACUUAAAUUCAAUUCUGUCUCUGGCAAGAUUCGAACCUAGGUUGCUCCUAGAAAGUGGCAGCUGGUGGCCAACUCUUCUACGAAGGGUUGGUUAUCUAUAUUGAUUCAUAUGUUGAGCAUUUUUUCAAUCACUUGCAUUGUUCAUUUUGAGCUGUAUAUAUAGUAUAUCUAAUAUAGUUGCCUGAGUUGUAUAUAUGUAAUUGCAAGUUAUUUGCAUUUUUCACCUGUAAUUUUUGUAGAUACAGAUAUUUUUUUUUUUGUAGAGUGGCAGAUGCACUAAAUUCUUAUUAUGGCUUCUUGUAAUGCUUAUCUGACGUUUA